GUAUUGAAAGAAACUAUUGUUUUUGCCUCCAAGUAGGCACAUAUGCCUCCUAGCACACAAUACAGAACAGAGUUUCAACUCUUCACUCCAUUGCCUAUAUAUACUCUUUUCAGAUUGCAUUCAACCAAUCCGUGUCUCAGAACAAAAAUCAAAAGAGAUGGUUUUUAUCAAAGAGAGAGAGAUGGAGAUUCCAGUUAUUGAUUUUGGAGAAUUGGAUGGAGAGAACAGAACCAAGACCAUGUCACUUCUUGAUCAUGCAUGUGAUAAGUGGGGCUUCUUCACGGUUGAUAAUCAUGGGAUUGAUAAAGAGUUGAUGGAGAAAGUGAAGCAGAUGAUUAACUCUCACUAUGAGGAGCAUCUGAAAGAGGAGUUUUACCAGUCAGAGAUGGUCAAAGCUUUGAGUGAAGGCAAAACCUCAGAUGCAGAUUGGGAAAGCAGUUUCUUCAUCUCGCACAAGCCAACUUCAAACAUCUGCAAGAUCCCAAACAUUUCAGAGGAACUCAGCAAGACGAUGGAUGAAUAUGUUUCGCAACUGCACAAGUUUGCAGAGAGUCUCUCCAAGCUCAUGUGUGAGAAUCUUGGUCUUGACGAGGAAGACAUGAUGAAGGCGUUUUCUGGUUCAAAAGGUCCAGCUUUUGGGACAAAAGUGGCUAAAUACCCAGAAUGCCCUCGUCCUGAGCUCAUGAGAGGGCUGAGAGAACAUACUGAUGCUGGGGGAAUCAUAUUACUCCUGCAGGAUGAUCAAGUGCCUGGUCUUGAGUUCUUUAAAGAUGGCAAGUGGGUUCCUAUACCGCCAUCCAAGAACAACACCAUUUUUGUCAAUACCGGUGAUCAAGUCGAGAUACUGAGUAAUGGGAGGUACAAGAGUGUUGUACACCGUGUAAUGACAGUGAAGCAAGGAAGUAGACUGUCGAUUGCUACGUUUUACAAUCCGGCUGGUGAUGCCAUAAUAUCUCCAGCUCCGAAGCUCCUGUAUCCAAGUGGCUUCCGGUUUCAAGACUACCUGAAGCUUUAUUCAACUACCAAGUUUGGAGACAAAAGCCCUAGACUUGAGACCAUGAAGAACAUAGAAAAUGGGCAUACAGCCUAGGAAGCAUCUGUUCCCAUAAAAUUCUCCCAUUUUUUGCUUAAAACUUGUCUUCUUCUUGUGUUUCCCUUUAUAAAGAAAAUAACAGCCAUGUCUGAUUCAGCUAUACUAGUUUAUUCCUGGGAUGAUCAGUUCACAAAUAUGUCACCACUCUCCCUGUUCCAUUCAAAAGUAAUAUAUUUUACUCU